GUUCACCACAUCGAAAAUGAUUGCCUCAAACUCUAGGAAGUUUAGCCAAGUUGCUGUGAUGUAGCUGGCCAGCUAGCUAGCUACAUACAUAACAACGUUAGUUAAAAGACGGUGCGACUAAGGUAAAAUAGCUUAUUUUAUUGUUCAACUCUAUAUCGAGACAUAACGGAUUAUACAUGGAGUUACACCAAUUUGCGUUCGAAAACAAGAAUGGUAGCCACCUUUGGAAGAAGUUGUGAUUGUUUUUUUUUGGCGCUUUAGCAACCCAGAGGAAGGAUGGUGGAGUUGAGCUAACACAACAGGCUAACGCUAGCUUAAUAUGCUAUAGCAGAGCUAGCUAGCUUAGUUGCGAUCGUUUGUGUCUGAAACGUUUGGAAGAACAACCCCAUCCAUUUGCCAGGGACUCGUAUGUAUCCGUUAAUGUAUUAGCAAAGAUAUGCAUUUGAUUCAGCUUAGUUUUUGACCAAUUACUAAUUAGCUAGCUAACGUUAGUUAUCUUGGCUAGUAAAGUUAGGACUUAACCACCGUCCUCACGAGUCCGGAGAGCUAGCUAACUAGUUAGCCAGAAAGCUACACGUGAAGGUGCUACGCUAGUUUGUCCACACCACGUCUAACCAAAAGAUGAAGACACUAUCGCUUAAUUAACAAUUAUAUUAGUCAUACCGUUUCAUAUCAAUAAGGGCAGGCCCACAUUUUAUGUUGGCAUAGCAGAUAAAGCAUCAUGACUGCUCCUCCUCAGCCUCGGAGGAAAGAACCAGGGAUACUGGUGGCUGGAUCUAGACAUCAGAUGGUGCUCUGAAGAAGCCAUGGGAAGCUGCUUGAGCUGUCCAGAGAAGGAGUCAAUCCCAGAUAAUCAUCAAACCAAAUUUAAGGUGAUAAAUGUGGAUGAUGAUGGGAACGAGCUGGGCUCGGGCGUGAUGGAGCUGACAGAGGCAGAGCUGGUCCUCCACACCCAUCGCCGUGAUGAUGUUAGGUGGCCUUACAUGUGCCUGCGUCGCUAUGGCUACGACUCCAACCUCUUCUCAUUCGAGAGCGGCCACCGCUGCAAGACGGGACCAGGGAUCUUUGCCUUCAAGUGUGUGCGGGCAGAGGAGAUCUUCAAUAUGCUGCAGGAGGUAAUGCACAGCCACAGCAUCAGUGUGGUGGAGGAGGCCGUGCUGGAGGCCAACCACCAGUCUGUUCUUCUCUAUGUCUAUCUAGCUCUGGGCUACUCUGUUCCCACCGUGCCCAAUGGUGUCACCCGGAUCCCUUCGGUGGGCGACACCCCCUCGCACCCCUCCACGCGCCACCCGUCUGUGGCCAGCACCCGCCUGCCCUCGGUGGGAGAGGAGUCCUCACACCCCCUGCUAGUGGCUGACGAUGCGAUCCACACCUAUGUGAACACCACAGGUCUGCUGGAUGACCAGCCUAGCCCUCUGACUGUUCCAGCCCCCCUGGACAGCCCCGACUCAGGCCAGUCCCAGUGUUCCCCUACACCCCCCCCUCCACGGGUAGCCAGACCAGAGCCUCUGCCCCCCAUGCCCCAGCUCCAGGAAGAGCCCCAGGUACUGCUCGAGCCCCUGGGGGUGCGCUUCGUGCUGGGACCCACCCCUGUGCAGAAGAAGAUGGCCAAGGGGAAGGAGUCUACUGGGGGUGGAGAUGGAGAGGAGGCAGAGGAGGACUCAGAGUCCCCGGAUCUCGGAGAGGGGGAGACUAACAGCCACACCGACACACACUGUGCCACAGAGGCCCCAGCCCUACUGGAGGGCCAGUCUCAGCCGCCCCACACACACUCCAACGGCACCUCUGUCGGGGUUACUGCCCCAAUAACAGCUCCCCGCCUCCACCGCACGCCCCCCGACACCCUGCAGAAUGUCAACAACUCAGCCCAGCGACGCACAGCCCUCUUGGACUAUGAGAACCUCCCGGCUCUGCCGCCCGUCUGGGAGACCCGCAAGCCCAGCAACGAGGAGGUGGAGAACAAUGGAGGCGGCCAGGGGGGGCUGAAGACGCCAUCCCUCAACGGCUACAACCACCAUCACUCCUACUCCCACCCCCUGUCAGCCUACCCCUCUCUUUCAGCCAUGGAACCCUCCCACAACUACGUCAACACAGAGAACGUGACGGCUCCUCUCAGCGCCCGCUGUGCCCCCGACAUGGUACGCCGCCGCACCGACGGACCCACCAUCUUCAACUUUGACUUCCGCCGGCCGUUGGGGCUGCUGUGUCAGGAGACUCCCAAGACGCUCAACUACAUCGAGGUGGAGAUGGAAUCUACCACCACCUCUUCAUCCGCAGCUGCCAAGGGUGCCUCCUCAGACACCAGCAAUCCCCACACACCCCGCACCCCCACCUCGCCACUGCCACCUACCACCCCCACGCGCCGCACCGAGCUCUACGCCUUCAUUGACAUCGAGCGCACCGCCGCCAUGUCAAGCCUGCAGAAGGCUCGGCCGCGCGACGACGGAACGUCGAGGAAAACGCGGCACAAUAGCACGGAGCUGCCCACCAAAAGCACUGUCUGACUGAACAGAUCCUCCUGGCACCUUUGUCUACUAUGAACCCCUUUAGAAAAAAAAAUAUGAAAAAAAUGUGAAGGUAGUCCACACAGGGACUUUCUUAAUAAACACAGGCCAUGGAAACAUUGGAAAUGUAUUCAAAGAGACUCCAGAAAUCGGUCUUAAAUGAGAUUUAAACAGACUUUCUGUUGUGUGUGGUUGGUUACCAAAGUAGGUACUUACUUGCGAUAUACCAAUUUAUUCCUAUGGUAAUAUAAUACCUCUUCUCCUUCACUCAUUCUACAGUGCAUUUGGGUUGUUUAUUAUGUUAAUAAGACUGGACUGCAUUCCCCCCCCCCCCUCUGGUACAAAUCAGAAUUAUUGAACAAAGCAUUCCAUUUAGCCAUUUUGAAUGAUAUGAUUCACUACAUGCAUUGCUGCUGUAAUUUCAGUAUCUGAGGAUUACAUGGUACACUACAUGUUUCUGACUAUGUACACUAGAUCCUGGCACAAUAAAUGUCUGUUCUGUUUUUA